UUCUCCAAUAUUCAAGAUUAUGCAAAUCUUUAACAUCUUAUUACUUAUAAUCAAACACUAACUCACUGAAUAAAUCACACUCCUAGUCUAGAUCACAGGAUGACUAGAUGAAGACAGCUCAAUCGUUAGUUAUUUCAUUAAUUAUGUGUCUAUUUUAUUGUUUCGGCCAUCAUUAUAAAGCGAUUUGAUUUCUAUUAGCAUACAAACACGCCAAAUAUGUCAAUUAUAGGUCGGGGUAUUUUGGCCAAACAAGUAUAACAGUAUAUAUGUAUGAAGGAUUGUAAAUUUCAGAUUAUUAAGUAGUAGCAACAACUUAUAAGCUUGUAAUAUAUAGAUGCAUGAAUUUAUAGAGGUAAGUGUCAUAGCUGUUUUCAUGUUUUGACAUAUACUAAUUAUAUAAAAUAUUUCAUGUGUGACGAUUUAUCAAAUUGCAUUUUUAAAAUCAUUUGAAAACUAAAUAUGGAUAAAUUAUACAAACAUUGUUUAAUCUCCUUCGUUUUUUACAUGUAAUUUCCUAUGAACCGAACUCAUUAUCAGCUAUUAUUAAGCAAAAUUGAAUUAUUGGAUGAAAACUGAUGAAAACAAAAAAGGCAAAGAUGGAAACAAUGAAACUUGCGCAUAAUUCUAUUUAUCGACAGUCUGACUCAAAGUGCUUUCGUAAGCAACAACAUAAUGCUUCACCCUUUUCUUGAUAAUAUUUUCUGCUUCCACUGUUCCUCCACUCUUCCCUCUCCUUUCACUUCAUCUCGCCUUUUUCAUUCUCAUCCUUAUUUAUUUUCUUGAUUAAGUAUAUCAUGUGCUUAGUUUCAUAUGCAAACGAGUCUCAAUCACAUCUAAUAACUUGUUUUUUCUAACUUGUUUGUUUUUUCUUUAUAUAAAUAAACAUACAAUCGAUUAAUAAUAUGAUAUAUAUGUAACAUUUUGACCAUAUAUAGUAUGACCAUUGAUCAGUGACUAAUGUAAUCGUGCCAUCGUGAUAAUAUAUGUAUGUACAAUAAAUAUGUGUAACAGUAAUAAGAGUCUCGUAUACCGACAAACAGACCAAAAAGUAGUCUUAAACCCCUAGAUUCACAAGCAGAUUACAUGUCUCUAUACUAUAUAUAUACAUGUUAUAUAUUGUAUGUACUAGUAGAGCUUCUGUAAUUAACUAACGAAACAUGGAAAUGAAGAAAGACGAGAACAGUUUCUUACAAAACAUGAAACACGAGAUCAAUCAGAAAACAAAAGAAGAAGAAGAAGAAGAAAACGAGAUUCUAAAGAAGAGAAUCUCAAGCCAUCCUCUCUAUGGGCUUCUUCUUCACUCACAUCUCAGUUGUUUAAAGGUGUGUUCCGGCGACUUUGACUUGCCGGAGAUGAUAAACACGGUGGAUGAUCUUGCCCUAACUAAACUCUCUCUCCGCUCUGAUUCUCUCCCCGAUGCUACCUCUUCAGAGCUUGAUCAAUUCAUGGAAGCUUACUGCUUGACUCUACGAGAGUUGAAGGAAGCAAUGGAGAAGCCUAUUAUCGAAACCCACCGUUUUAUGGAUGCGGUGUACAAUCAGCUAAACGACAUUGUUCUCUCAUCAUCACCUCCUUAAAAUAGGGAGAAACGUGACAACGGUAUUCGGUGCUAUUAAUUAUGUUAAACGCAUUUCGCCAAGUUUGUGAAAUUACUAGUUUACUCGUGUUUUAUUAUGCUUCGUUUUGUGGAGCGCUUUGUAGAAUCAUGCAACGACAAUCGUAAUUUGAGAAUUAAAAGUUCUAUAGCGCGCGCAUGCC